AGGCCGGGGCUCGGGGCGCGCCGGCUCCGGAGCCUGGAGACGAUGGGCCAGGAGCUGUGCGCCAAGACGCUGCGGCCCGGCUGCGGCUGCCAUCGCUGCGGGGAGGGGGGCGACGCGCGCGGCUGUCAGAGGAGAGCGCCCGCCAGCACCGGCGCCGAGGCUGCCAUCCAGCUAACGGACCUAAAGGAAGCAUCAUGUUCCGUGACUUCAUUUCGCCCCCGGGGACGUCAGGCUGCCCAUGCCCGGAAGCUCAAGAGUAAAAGGCCACGGAGUAACAGUGAGUCUUUUCAGGAAGAGGAUCUGAGGCAGGGCUUUCAGUGGCCGACGAAGAGCCUCCUCCCUUUUGGGGCAGCCUCAUCCUACUUGAACUUGGAGAAGCUGGGUGAAGGUUCCUAUGCUACGGUUUACAAGGGGAUUAGCAGAAUAAACAAACAACUAGUGGCUUUAAAAGUCAUCAGCAUGAAUGAAGAGGAAGGAGUCCCAUUUACAGCCAUCCGAGAAGCUUCUCUUUUGAAGGGUCUGAAACAUGCCAAUAUUGUGCUCCUGCACGACAUAAUCCACACCAAAGAGACACUCACAUUCGUCUUCGAAUACAUGCACACGGACCUGGCUCAGUACAUGUCUCAGCACCCUGGCGGGCUGCACCCUCACAACGUCAGGCUUUUCAUGUUCCAACUUCUGCGGGGCCUGGCGUACAUCCACCACCAACACGUCCUUCACAGGGACCUGAAACCUCAGAACAUUCUCAUCAGUCACCUGGGAGAGCUCAAACUGGCUGACUUCGGUCUUGCUCGGGCCAAGUCCAUUCCCAGCCAGACAUACUCUUCAGAAGUUGUGACCCUCUGGUACCGCCCUCCUGAUGCCUUGCUGGGAGCCACUGAAUAUUCCUCGGAACUGGACAUAUGGGGUGCCGGCUGCAUCUUUAUUGAAAUGUUCCAGGGUCGGCCUUUGUUUCCUGGGGUUACCAGCAUCUUUGAACAGCUGGAGAAGAUCUGGGAGGUGUUGGGAGUCCCUACAGAGGACACCUGGCCUGGAGUUUCCAAACUACCUAACUACAAUCCAGAAUGGUUCCCACUGCUGAAACCUCAGAGCCUGCAGAACGUCUGGAACAGGUUGGGCAGAAUUCCGGAAGCCGAAGACCUGGCCUCGCAAAUGCUCAAAGGCUUCCCGAGAGACCGCGUCUCUGCGCAGGAGGCCCUGGUCCAUAAUUAUUUCAGCUCCCUGCCGUCUCAGCUGCACCAGCUUCCCGAUGAGGAGUCUUUGUUUACAGUUUCAGGAGUGAGGCUGAAGCCGGAAAUGUAUGACCUUCUGGCUUCCUACCGGAAAGGCCCCCGCACGGCCCACUUCAGCAAAUGCUGGUGAAAGGAAAGGCGGCAGCGCCCAGGUCCUCCAGGGCUACAUUACUGCUGUUUCUGUUUUAAUUUGCUUCAGCUUCCUGAGAAGUUUCUAAUUUAACUCCACACUGGACCGGGAUGUUAAAUAUCACCUGUGACCUGAAAUAUUUUAAAUGUAUUACGUCCACGGUACAUCAUACUUGAAGAAAAAGCAGUGGGUGGCUACUGCUAUUGUCAUUUGUGUAGAAUUUCACAGUGUUUGGCUCAAACAUUAGACAUACUGAAACAGUCUGAGAAGAGGACUUGUGAAUCAUUCUAUCCCUUUCGUUAUCUGAUAGAGAGAUCCCGGGGCAGGAAGGACAACUGGACAGACGGGAGACUGACAAUGGAAAGAAUUCGGAGUCUGGCUUGUGCUUAAGGAAACCUGUCACUCCUGUGUUCACUGACAAUUCCUCCCAACAAAAGGACUUCUGUGGCAUGGAGAGGAGCCGUCUAAAGUUUAAAACAGCCUCCAGAGAAGAUGGUUUCUUGGAUAAAGUUGUCAACCAAAGGACUUGCUUAAGACUCUUUGUUAUGAUUUCCUAGGGCAUUCCUUCCCUCCCUUCCUGCACUAACAAAACACAUUACCGCCCCACCCAGCCAGAUUUUAGGAAUUUGGAUGGAGCUGCUGCUUAGAAUUAAAUUUCAGUUUAUCUCCUUCUAUUGAAUCCUAAUUGUCUGUGAUGAUUGCAAAAGUGAUGAGGAACCUAAGCCCUGAUUUGAUGGUAGAGAUACUGGGUAGACAGGAGCAAAGAGUUCCAAAGACGUAAUUCAAGUGCUGUUGCACCACCAGACAUGCAUGCAUAUGUGCACACACGUGAGCCUGAAAUGAAAUGGGAGAUUUGUUUCGGCUAACACAUGUAUCAUCUUCUACAAUGACUCCUUCCAAAAGAAGCCAGGACAACUCAAAUUACUUUGUCAAAGGAUCAUCUACUCAGGAAAUGUGGUAGCCUAGAAACCAGAGACCUUCAUGGAUCCUUCAGAAGAACAAGGAGGAACUAAUUAAAAGAGAAUUAAAAAAUAGUACCUAUCCAUCCAAAAUCUGAGAUGGAAGAAGGGAAAUGGGAUACAAACAGUCCAAUGAAAUCUACCUUAGUGAGUACUUGGUUUUGGUAAGGCAUGUGACCAAGCCUGUCCAGAUAUACCUGAAAUACAAAACUGUGUGGGCUGGGUGAUGGGGCAGAUAUGUGAAUUAAAAAAACAGUGGUUAUUCAACCUAGAGAAAGGCAUAUAGUGGUGUGUUACAAGGUUCAGUCUUGAGUCCCAUUCCUGACAAAUAUUUUUACUAAUCACUUGAGUAAAAACCAGAGAAGGCACACAAUUUAGUCAAACAAUGCACUGAAGUAAACUGAAGUUCAGAGAAGUUAACUCCUCCAAGUACACCAGAGUUAAGGUACAAAACUAUGGAGACAGUGAGAGGAUCAAUCGUUGUCAGGGGUUAGGAGGGAGGAGAUGAUGAAAAGACAGAGCACAGAGGGUUCUUAGGGCAGUGAAACUAUGUAUGAUACUGUACUGGCAGAGGCAUGUCACUAUAAAUUUGUCCAAAUCCAUAGAAUGUACAGCCCCAAGAGUGAAUCCUAAGGCAAACUAUACCAGUAGACUUUGAUCGGUAAUGAUGUGUCAAUGUAGGUCCAUCAGCUAUAACGAAUGUACCACUCUGUUGGGGAUAUUAAUAAUGGGAAAUGCCAUGCCUGGUGUGGGCUGGUGUGUAUGGGAAUUCUCUGUAACUUCUGCUGAAUACUUCUCUGAGCCUAACGUUGCUCUAAAAAAAAAAUAAAGUCUUAAAAACAAACAACAUGUAAACAACUAAUUUGCAAUAAGUCAAUACAACAUUUAUUCCAAUCAAAUUUCAUAUGAUUGAACUUCUUACACUUAAGGCUGAAAAUGUCAACAAGUUAAGUAAGGCUGUGACUUAGUGGAAAUUGGUACAAUAUGAAUUAAUAGUAUGUCUGACUGUCCACAAAAGAUAAUGCUAUACUCUUAAGUGAUAUAAAUAAAGGAAUAUGAUGGUGUCACAUGGAGAUGGGAUGGAGUUUAGUCCUCUGAUGAGAUCACAUCAAAAUGAUGAAGUUUAACUCUAUCCAUCACACUUUGAAAGAAACACUACAUAGAAGUAUAUAUUUCUUGCGCAUUUAUUAGUUUAUAGAUCCAAUUCUGUUUGAUCUUCAUAGACUAAGGGGUGACUGUAGCUAUUCUCCACUUCACAGAGAAGAACACAGAAUCAAAUUUAAAUAACUAAGAUUUGAUACUCUGUCCCCGAAGUCUGUGCUUUUUUCACCCCUAACCCCAACUCUGCCAUGUGCUUCAAGAAGGGCUACUAUGAUAGGAGAAUAGAGGGCAUGGGGACCAAGGCACAAGGAAGAAUAGCUCCAGAGAGAAGACCCAGGGGACAAAGAAUGUCCAUCCAGAGGGUUGAGGGUUCUCACAGAGCAAAGUGGUUGGCCCUCUGCUGAGUGGCUACGGAGCCAGGACAAAUACAUAGAAAGCUCAGAGAUACUGCUGUUUACACAGCAGGAAGAGUUCUCCAACAUUUUCACCUGCCACCAGUGGAAUGAGGGCCACACUCCGGUGGGCUUCCACUGCAUCCAGGAGAUAUGGAAAGCUGAAGGAGGGAUCCUCAUAUUGGAGAUUAGGUUAGCUGAUCUUUAAGGCCCCCUCUAAUUCCAACAUUGUCUAACAAUGGCUUCUGAACAGCUGUUGACAGACUCUACUUAGAAUUAUAGUGAGAUCCUAUUGUUGUAAGAAUGAGUAGAUUUGUUUUAUUGUUAAAAAGGGAUUUAAAAAAUAGAAAUCGUCAAAAUUAUCCUCUUUUAAUUAUAAUGGAAGAUAAAUUAUGCUUAUGCUUCCUUCUUUAAUUCAUAAAUUCACUUCUUUAAAAGCUUAAUAAAAUUUAUAAAUAAAACACCAAAA